AUGGGUCCCGAUGACACCGCGAAGGACCCUCGCGCCGUUAAACUUCCUCCCAUUUCGUCAUUCGACCAUCUCAUUUUGCAGGAUGGACCAUCGCACGUGACUAAUGUCGACUUUCAAUUUAGACCAAGGUCGCGUGACUCAGGGCUACGGCCCGAGCACUCGAGAAGCCAAAGAUCAGACUCAGCUUCUGUGAGCCCAACAACUCCAAUCUCAAGCUUAGCAGGGACAAUCUCUCCCACGCGCCACAAUUGGCACUCCAACACUGAUAGAGCUCAGAACGGCAGCGCGGGCGACCUGGAGGCGCGAACAACGCCACCUCCAGUCUCAUCGUCCUCUUCUUACACUCCUCCCACUGUAGCAAAAGCGUCCCGACCUCGUCGCAAAAAAGAGUGUCCCAUCUGCCAUGGGCUUUUUGCAAACUUGUCGACCCACAAAUCGACACAUUUAUUGCCGGAAGAUAAACCUCACAAGUGCCCGACUUGUGAGCGCGGAUUCGCGCGCAGUAACGACUUGCUGCGACAUUUGAAGCGUCAUUGGAAAGAUCAAUUCAUAAACAGCACGUCUUCGGAGCUGGGCAGUGACUCGCACGACAUCUCCACGGGCGGUAACAUUUCACCUUCGCACUCUAUGCAUAUGGUUAAAGGCACAUUCAGGUGUCCUUAUAGCGCCAAACUUAUUGAAAUGGACAUGCGCAUGAAUCCAGGCCACCACCAGAAACACUAUUUCAAUACGCUGGACUGUCAUCAAACUGGAAUUUUCUCACGCUGCGAUACGUACAAAAAUCAUUUGAAAGCAUUACAUUUCGAGUAUCCACCCGGAACUCGAAAAGGCGAUCGAAACGCGGUGAGCGGAAAAUGCAAGCAUUGCGGGCAAGAGUUUGUAAAUGUUGGUGACUGGGUAGAGACGCAUGUGGGCAAAACUUGCGGCUACGAAUUUGAUUAA